UUCCUCUGCGACCUAACGGACUUAAGGUACAAAAUGCUGGGCUUAACAGUGAUAUAUCUUCCGCUCGAGGGAUGUGACCUUUCCGUUGAGGAGGCCAGUGCUGAUAGGGAGUUGGUAAAGCGACUCGAAGCAGUGAUAGUACGUUGGACGAGACAAAUCAGGGUAGCACUGUGUGAUCAGGAACAGAGUACUCCAAACGAGCUGCUAUGUUUUGAUGAAGAAUACGAUUUUUGGAAGUACAGAUAUGACAAUCUUUGGGGUUUGAACUUUCAACUGCGACAUCCUAUUGUUCAGUUCGUAGUGAAUAUUUUGACUACCACUCAGAGUACAUACGUCAGACAAUUCCUGAUCCUGAGUGAGGAGAUUGAACAUGGCAUCACCGAGGCCAAGUCGAACCUUGAAUUUCUUCAGAUACUAAUCGAACCUUCGGCUAAACUUAACGAGUGCACCAAACCGCAGAUGAUAAUUGAUCAUCUACCUGGGAUCAUCAACCUCCUUCGUGUGAUAUGGCUCAACUCGAAAUACUUCGAUAACCGCGAGAGGAUGAGUAACCUCUUCGGCGCGUUCAGCAAUCAGAUAAUUCUACUCUGCAGGAGUUUCAUUAAUCUGCGGGAAAUGUUCGCCGGGAAGACUAGAGGGAGUAUGGAUAUGUUUUCCCUUUGCAUCGAAGGAUGUCAGAAUUACAAAAGUCUUUAUUUGAAGAUUGCUAACAUUCAUAAUACUAUGACGGCGCAUGGUUGGGACCUGGAUGACGAUUAUAUUUUUCGUCACGUUGAUACAUUCGUGACGAGAUGUUAUAAUAUGAUUGAAAUUUGUCAGGCGAUGAUUGAAUUCGCUAGAAUGGACGAGACUGUGAAAAUCGGAAAGCCCAGAUUCGGCGGUACCAAGGGAACAGAACAUGAAAAAGUCUGUCAGAAGAUCGAGCGAAUGUUCCUCGAUCACUUACAUUCCCUGGAGCAGAAGUCCCACAAGAUUUUCGACGUGCAACAAGUCACCUGGUACGACGACAUGUUUCGUUUUCGUCAGGAGAUGAAAGACUUGGAAAUUAUAAUUGAAAAUCUUGCCACCACUGUAUUCAAGGACGUGAACAAUGUACACGAGGGAAUUCAGAAUAUUUAUGGAUUUUAUAAUUACAUUGGUCGUGAAAAUCUUAGAACGCUGUUCGACAGUAAAACAACAUCCGUAUGGAAGAUGUUCGGUGACGAGAUACAAAAUACAAAAGUGGAGGUACUGGAGGAACGUGAAGAAUAUCCGUCAAUGAUGCCAUAUUUUGCUGGACGAGCUUUGAACAUGUCCCUUAAAAUUCGUCGUUUGGUAAUGCUCAAAGAAAAUUUCGAGCUGGCUAAAUGGAUGCCAUAUUGUGGGAUAAGUCACGAGGUCUAUCAUCAGUAUAAAAAACUAGUGACUUCCAUAAAAGCUGGAAUUCGUGAUAUAUAUCAAAAAUGGUUGGACGACAUCGGUGACGAUCCUCAAGGUCGAUUGGAUCGAUACUUAAUGAGACAAAGUAUCGAUCGUCCGGGACUACUGGAAUGCAAUAUUCAUCCGAGCAUAUUAAUCAUAUGUAAAGAAUCAAAAUACUGGACCGGUUUGAAGUUCGAUAUUCCGGUUCAUCUUCAAGUGAUAAAUGGCAGAUGGGACACAUUGCAAUUUGUUUACGAAAGUGUCCUGACAGUAGUGCUGGCUUACAAUAAAAUAGUUCAAGCCUUAUCCACAGUUGAACGUGCUCUGUUUCGGGACUUAAUUAAGUUGCUUGACCGGAAGAUCAAGCCCGGCUUGACAAAGCUUACGUGGAACUCAGAGUACAUAGAUACGUACAUAGAAGACUGUUCUACUCAUUCUGCAAAUCUUCAAGAUUUCAUCGAUAUUUACAAGAAAUCGAAUUUCGAAAUCGUUAGAAUGUGCGAGAACAUCUGCGACACUCCUAUGAUCAAAAUCAAACCUAAUUACGCUUAUACAUUGCCAGAGCUUGAAAUAGAAUUGGCGGACGUCAGGAAAGCUGUUAUUAAAGUCAUCAUAGCAAAAUACAACGUUAUUGUUCAAUACGUCAUGGUCGUGUACGAAGGAUUCCAGGCAGUAAUAGAAGAUACAUACGUUGAAUGGAAGGACUAUGUCAGUAAUCUGGACAGAUUAAUAGAGGAAGCCUUUAAGCUCUGCAUUAAGAAUUCUUUGACUGUUAUGUUCGAAGCUUUGCAUGGGGAUGGAACAACUGCACCUUCGCCUCUUCUUAUCGUCCAUGCAGAUCUCAUUGAUAACAAGAUUAAUUUCAUUCCUCCUAUUGCGGAUAUUGCAAAAAUAGUGUCAGACGUCCUGAACGAUCUUCUCGGACCAAUUAAACCCAUUCGCAGACUCGUUAAUAAGUUUCACAUUCAGGAUGCAAGGGUUAAUCAAUUUUGGGAAGUUUAUCUGGAGGACGAAGAGUGUAAACGGAUGCAACAAAUGCUUAAUAACGAGGUGACUGAGUGUUAUAACCAGCUACAAAAAUAUUUAAAAAACUGGGAACAAUUUAAAGAGGUGUGGGAGACCAACAAAGACUUAUUCAUUCAACGGUAUGAGAAUCUGAAACCAACAGUUGAGACAUUUGAUACGGAUAUCAUUAGAUACAGUAAAGUAGCGAACGACGUUCUAUUACAAGAAACAGUGACCACCGUGCACUUCAUUGACGUGAAUUCCGAUAGACUGAAAGGUGCCAUUAUCGAUCAGUGCGCUCUCUGGCAACAGAAACUCACAGGAUUGCUUCUACGUUUCACGGAAUCGAAGCUUAAUCACGUAUACAAUUACGUGCGAGAUAAUGGAUUAAAAAUAACGAAAGAACCCACCGACCUCGUUACCAUGCAAGAAGCGUUACAGUUGCUCGAGAAGCUCAAGUUGGAAGCUCCCUUGGAGAAGGACGAAUUCCCCAAGAUCCGUGAGCAGUUCCAGACUCUGGAGAAGUACGAAGUGCCGAUGACUUUUGACUUUAAGAGGAGAGUAAAAAAUAUUGAUACAAUCUGGGAUGAAUAUUUGGAGCAAUUAGCGUCCUAUGAUAUUAUACUGCUAGAAAAGAAGGUGCUAUUCAAGAAACAACUGCUCGAGGAAGCGGCGAUACUGAAGCUCAACGCCAUUUCUCUACUAACCAAGUUUCUCGAUAACGGGCCAUUCACAUCGGAUUGGAAAACGAAAGACGCUCUUGAAUGGUUACUGAAUAUACGAAAGGAAUUGGACGCUAUGCGCUUGAAAGAAACUCGUUUGCAGGCAAAUCUUGGUGUUUUUGAUAUCAGUCAGCCGGAAUCCUUAGAACUGGUUAGACUUGAUAAGGAUCUGACAGCCAUCGACUUAGUAUGGCAACUUACUGAUGAAUGGGACGAAGCCUGGGAGCGUUAUAAGACAGGAAACUUUUGGCGAAUUGAAAUGGAGGACAUGGAUGCCACUGCGAAUGUUCUCUUUCGAAAACUUAAUAGGCUUAGCAGAGAAUUGAAAGAAAAGCAUUGGGAAAUUGUUGACACUUCUAGAUCACGGGUAGACAAAUUUCGACGUACUUUGCCACUGAUCGUUGAUCUCAAGAAUUCAGCAAUGAGGGAACGUCAUUGGAAACGCGUCAAAACUAUAAUCAGUCGAGAGUUUGAUCAGAAUUCUGAAGAGUUCACGCUGGACGCCAUUGCAGAUAUGCAAAUGCAAAAUUUUGCAGAACAAAUUAACGAUAUCUCAAACGCAGCGACAAUGGAACUGGCCAUAGAAGUGGGUCUGAAGCAUAUCAGUGAAUUUUGGGAGGUCAUGCAUCUAGAAAUGACACCCUAUAAAGAUAAGGGUGUCUUCAGACUCAAAACUGUUGAUGAAAUCACGCAAAAUCUAGAAGAGCAUCAAGUUCAACUAGCUGCCAUGAAAUCAACAAGAUUUGUCGAACCGUUCGCACUAGAUGUCGAUUAUUGGGAACGAGCUCUAUCGACUAUUGGAGAAGUACUGGAAAUGGUCCUACUGGUUCAACGUGGCUAUAUGUACUUGGAUAAUAUCUUUGGGGCAGAGGACAUCAGGAAACAGCUUCCCAAGGAAACAGAUGACUUCGAUAGGUUGACCUUAUCGUGGCGAGAAAUUACUUCACGAAUGGCUGGUUUCGCCCUAGCGUUACCAGCAACACAUGAUCCGCCUGGAUUGCUCGACAAACUGAAUGAACUCAACGACAAACUGGAAGCGAUCCAGCGAGCUUUGGAACAGUAUCUAGAAACGAAGCGUCAUAUCUUCCCGCGCUUCUAUUUCAUCUCCAAUGAUGAUAUGCUAGAGAUUCUAGCAAACUCCAAGCGACCUGACCUCGUUCAACCCCACAUAAAAAAGCUCUUCGAGGGUAUCAAGAGCUUAAAGUUAGGCAAGUCAAUAACAAACAAACAAUUGGCUGAAGGGAUGUACUCAGCUGAAGGAGAAUAUGUAGAGUUUCUACAUCCUGUACACUUGGAGGGUCAGGUUGAAGUAUGGCUAUGUCAUACAGAAUCAGCAAUGAGGGAAUGCUUACGAGAAAUACUGCGACAAUGUCGGACGGCGUUACGAAAAAUGUUAGCGAAACGAGAUAAAUGGGUAAAGGAAUGGCCAGGUCAGCCAGGAAUAACAUCCACGCAAAUACAAUGGACCACCGACUGUACCAGGACUCUUUUGCACUGCAAAUUAAUGGAGUCGAAGAAACCGCUGAAGAAGCUGAAGAAGAAGCAGAACCAGGCGCUAGCCAAGUACUCCGAGGCUGUACGUGGAAAUUUGAAUAGACUGCAAAGACUGAAACUCAAAGCCAUUGUUGUAAUCGAGAUUCACGCCAGAGACGUUAUCGAGAAGAUGUAUAAAAUUAAUUGCAGAGACGUAUCCGCAUUCGAGUGGCUCUCUCAAUUGAGAUUCUACUGGGACCGUGACGUGGACGAUUGCAUAGUAAGGCAGACCAAUACCUUUUUCGUAUAUGGUUACGAGUAUCUUGGAAAUUCUGAAAGACUCGUUAUAACUCCACUUACUGACCGGUGUUACAUAACGCUGACCACUGCUCUUCAUCUACAUCGUGGCGGUAGCCCUAAAGGUCCAGCCGGAACCGGAAAGACCGAAACCGUAAAGGACCUGGGUAAAGCACUAGGAUUCAACGUGAUCGUUCAGAAUUGCUCAGAAGGCCUCGACUACAAGAGCAUGGGCAGACAAUUUUCCGGUCUCGCGCAAACUGGAGCAUGGGGAUGCUUCGAUGAAUUUAACAGGAUCAAUAUCGAGGUCCUCUCGGUAGUGGCUCAGCAGAUCCUCUCAAUACUUACGGCUCUGGCGCAAAAGCUGACGAGGUUCGUAUUCGAGGGUAUGGAAAUUUCAUUGGUUCACACCUGCGGAAUCUUCAUCACCAUGAAUCCUGGAUACGCUGGCCGUACGGAGUUGCCGGACAAUCUGAAGUCUAUGUUCCGUCCUAUCUCGAUGAUGGUGCCUGAUAGUAGCAUGAUUGCUGAAAUUAAUCUGUUUGGUGAAGGAUUUCAGAACACGCGUUCUCUUGCUAGGAAGGUCUUCACGCUCUACACCUUGGCUCAGCAACAACUUAGCAAACAAUUUCAUUAUGAUUUUGGACUUCGUGGUAUAGUCACCCUUACCAGAUAUGCCGGUAAGAAGAGAAGACUAUACCCAAACUUGCCGGAUGAAGAGAUCGUUAUCCUGGCGAUGAAGGACAUGAACAUUGCCAAACUAACUUCGGAUGACCUUCCUCUCUUUGUUGGGAUCACCUCUGACCUCUUUCCUGGUGUCGAAGUACCUACAGUAGAUUACGAGGAGCUGAUUGGCUACAUUACUGCGGAGGCGACAAAAUUGAGACUCCAACCCAUACCCCUCAUCAUAACGAAAGUCAUCGAACUUUACGAAACAAAGAACUCUCGUCACUCUACUAUGAUCGUGGGUCAAUCGAAUACUGCAAAAUCGGUCACAUGGAAGAUCUUAAGGAAUACAUUAACGGCACUGAAAAAUCACGAUAAACCUGGAUUUAACACUGUCUACGAAUAUCCAAUUAACCCCAAAGCUUUAAAUCUUGGGGAACUGUAUGGCGAGUAUAACCUCGCUACGGGUGAAUGGCUCGAUGGAGUGAUAUCCUCGAUUAUGCGAAAGACGUGCUCGGAGGAUACCCCUGAUGAGAAGUGGAUUUUAUUCGAUGGACCUGUGGACGCUGUCUGGAUUGAAAAUAUGAACAGUGUAAUGGACGAUAACAAAAUACUGACGCUGAUAAACAACGACCGUAUUACAAUGCCAGAGCAAGUAUCGUUACUAUUUGAAGUACAGGAUCUAGCCGUAGCUUCUCCAGCAACAGUAUCCAGAGCUGGAAUGGUGUAUAACGAUUACAAGGACCUCGGAUGGCGGCCAUAUGUAAAUUCAUGGCUUGAUCAAUACCAGAAAAGGCCGGAAUUUAUAGAGGAGAUGAAUGAAUUAUUUGCACGAUUCGUAGACACCACAUUAGCCUUCAAAAAAGAAAAAUGUGAAGAACCUAUACCAGUGCCUGAAUUGAAUGCAGUUCAGUCUCUCUGUAAGCUUCUUCAAGUCCUAGCAACUCCACAAAAUGGAGUAGAACUUGGGGAGGAUCGUGACGCUUUCAGUUCUAUGUGUAAAAUUUGGUUCCUCUUCUGCAUGAUAUGGUCACUAUGUGCCUCGGUUAACGAAGACGGUCGUCAGAAAGUAGAUAACUUCAUAAGGGAGAUGGAGGGUUCCUUUCCCAUCAGGGACACCGUCUACGAGUAUUACGUUGACGUGCGGCAGCGAAGCUUUGUCUCUUGGGAGGAAAAAUUAUCGCAGACCUGGAAAUACCAAAUAGGAAUACCUUUUUACAAAAUUAUAGUUCCCACGGUGGAUACUGCACGAUAUGACUUUCUUGUAAAUAUUCUUCUGGCUCAUGGUUAUCCAGUCCUUCUGGUGGGUCCGGUGGGAACAGGCAAGACGUCAACUGCUCAGUCUGUAUUGGAUUCCUUGGAUCGUUUGAAAUAUAUUCUUCUUGUCAUAAAUAUGUCUGCUCAGACGACAUCCAAUAACGUCCAGGACACCAUAGAAAGCAGACUCGAGAAACGCACGAAAGGCACCUAUGUGCCCAUUGGUGGUAAAAGUAUGAUAACUUUUAUGGACGAUUUCAAUAUGCCCAUGAAGGAAACUUAUGGCUCACAACCACCAUUGGAACUGAUUCGCCAAUGGAUCGGUUACGGAUUUUGGUAUGAUCGACAGAAACAGACACGCAAAUAUAUACAGAAGAUGCAAUUAAUGGCGGCAAUGGGACCACCUGGUGGUGGUCGUAAUACCAUAACGGAACGUCUACUUACACAAUUCAAUGUGAUAAAUAUGACAUUUCCAGCGGAAAAGCAGAUAGUACGUAUUUAUGGAACGAUGUUGCAUCAACAACUCUUUGAAUUUCACCCUGAAGUUAAGGGCAUCUCUAAUGAUAUAACUGUGGCCACUAUUGAAAUGUACAAUAAUGUCAUCCUGAAAAUGCUACCAACUCCAGCCAAGAUGCAUUAUCUCUUCAAUUUAAGAGACAUAUCCAAAAUUUUCCAAGGAUUAUUGCGCAGCCAUAAAGACUAUCAGUACUCGAAGCAGACAUUUUUACGACUCUGGAUUCAUGAGUCGUUUAGAGUUUUUUGUGAUCGUCUAAUUGACGAGAGAGAUCGUGAAUGGUUUGCGUCUCAGCUUAAUGAACAACUCGGCAAGUAUUUCGAGCUGACGUAUCACAAUUUAUGUCCAGAAAAGAGGUGUCCCAUUUUCGGAAGCUUCAUGAACGCCUGGAAUAUAUAUGAAGACCUAAUUGACAUAUCAGCGCUUCGUCAUUACAUAGAAACACAAAUGGACGAGUACAACGCGUCUCCAGGAGUAGUCCGUUUAGACCUGGUCUUGUUCAGAGAUGCAGUUGAACACAUAUGUCGAAUCGUUCGUGUAAUAUCACAGCCCCGAGGCAACAUGUUGCUGAUAGGCAUCGGAGGAAGCGGCAGACAGUCACUUUCGCAAGUGGCAGGAUACAUGUGCGAACUCACCACCUACCAAAUCGAGGUUAGCAAGCACUACAGGGUACCGGAAUUUCGCGAAGACCUCAAGACCCUCUACUCCAUAGCCGGGGUGGAGAACAAACCCACCAGCUUCCUCUUCAAUGACACCCAAGUGGCCGAGGAGCAAUUCCUUGAGAUAGUGAACAACAUGCUGAGCACUGGUGAAGUUGCCAGUCUUUUUAAGACGGAGGAGAUCGAGGAGAUUAAGAACAAAUUAUUCAAGGAUGCUACGAAAGCGGGAAUCAUGCCGACCAGUGAAGCAAUUUAUGGCUUCCUCAUUGAACGAGUACGAACAAAUAUGCACAUAGUAUUGUGCAUGAGCCCGAUUGGUGAUGCUUUUAGAAACAGAUUACGUCAAUAUCCUUCCCUGAUCAAUUGCACGACUAUCGAUUGGUUUUUGGAAUGGCCGCGUGAAGCACUUUUGGAAGUCGGCAACAAGUUCCUCAUGAAUCUAAAUUUGAUAAUCACGAUAACGGGUGAAAAUAAAGUGGAAAGGAGAGUAUCGAUAGCCGAUACACCUAUUCUGCCAUUACAAGUUAGACUGCGCGAUGGUAUAGCUGCAACGUUUUCACUAAUUCACGACAUCGUGUCUCAAUUCUCCAAAAGAAUGGCUAAUGAAAUGAAACGACAUAAUUACGUUACGCCUACAAACUUUCUGGAACUGGUUGCUGGCUACAAGCAAAUGCUGGCAGAGAAAAGACAAGAGUUGGCUAAUCAAGCGAACAAAUUACGAAGUGGAUUGUUCAAAAUCGACGACACGCGACAAAAGGUCAAUGAGAUGGCUGCAGAGCUUGAAAUAACUCAGCAGCAGGUACAACAGUCGACGAAGGAGUGCGAGGAAUUUCUAGUGACUAUAGUGAAUCAGCGUCGAGACGCCGACGAAACGCAGAAGUCUGUUACUGCAAAAUCUAUUCGUAUUGGCGAAGAAUCCAAAGAAUGUAAAAAACUGGAGGAAAUUGCACGCGCCGAUUUGGCCACUGUCGAACCGGCAUUGAAUGAAGCUAUGAAGGCUUUGGAUGCAUUGAAUAAAAAAGAUCUGUCAGAGAUAAAAUCCUUCACACGUCCACCAGCCAAGGUCGAGAUGGUCAUGGAGGCCGUAAUGAUCCUGAAGAAUUCUGAACCAAGCUGGGCCGAAUCUAAACGGCAACUUGGAGACGUCAAUUUCUUGAACACGUUACGGGACUUUGACAAGGAUCAUAUAUCCGACAGGACCCUAAAAACGAUAGGGAAGUAUACGUCGAAUCCUGAUUUUGAUCCCGUGAAAGUUGGUGUGGUAUCCAUAGCAGCGCGAUCACUCUGUAUGUGGGUAAUCGCCAUGGAGAAAUACGGAAAAUUAUACAGGAUCGUCGCGCCAAAGAGAGAAAAGUUGGAGGCAGCACUGGAAUCCUUGCGGCAAAAGGAAGCCGCCCUGGCCGAGGCCAAGGCGCAAUUGCAAAAGUUGCGCGAGGAGUUGGAGAGACUGCAGCAAAUGUACGAUGCGAAGAUGAAGGAGAAAGAGGACUUGAUUAGAAUAGCGGAAUUGCUGAAACUGAAAUUGGAACGUGCGGCCAUGUUGGUAGACGGUCUCUCCGGCGAAAAAAUACGAUGGGAACUGACGGUGAAAUCGCUUGAUGAAUAUUUUGAUUGGCUCCCUGGAGAUUGUUUGAUAUCGACAGCCUUUGUUUCCUACCUGGGACCUUUCGUAUCUAAUUACAGGGAAGCUCUAGUCGAUAUCUGGAUCAAGGAGGUACGUGACAAAGAAAUUCCUUCCUCCCCGAAUUUGGAUGUCAAAGAAUUCCUGAGUGAUCCUACUACCAUUAGAGAGUGGAAUAUUCAAGGCUUGCCAUCCGAUGGAUUUAGUACGGAAAAUGGAAUUAUAAUAACGAGAGGAACACGCUGGCCAUUAGUUAUCGAUCCUCAAUGUCAAGCAGUGAAAUGGAUCAAAAAUAUGGAGUCGAGAAACGAACUCAAGGUCAUAGAUUUUGGCCAACCAGAUUUUAUGAAAUCCCUUGAAAAUGCGAUACAAUUCGGUAAGCCUAUUCUACUACAAAACGUGGGCGAGACACUGGACCCAUCAUUAAAUCCAAUUCUUCAAAAAGCCUUUAUUAAAACAGGUGAUCAAGUAAUGAUAAAAUUCAACGACAAGGUGAUAACGUACAAUGCAAAAUUUCGGUUAUUCAUCACCACUAAGUUGGCGAAUCCACAUUAUGCUCCAGAGGUAUCGACAAAAACCACCCUGUGCAAUUUCGCCAUAAAAGAACAAGGUCUGGAAGCUCAGCUUCUUGGUAUAGUGGUGCGCAAAGAAAAGCCUCGAUUGGAAGAACAAAAAGAUACCCUCGUUGUGACCAUCGCCUCUGGAAAACGAACUUUAAAAGACCUUGAGGACCGAAUCCUCUAUCUUCUGAGCGUAACCAGUGGCUCUCUAUUGGACGAUUUAGAUCUAUUGAACACCCUGCAAACAUCGAAGAGUACAUCCAUUUCGGUUCAGGAAUCAUUGGUGAUAUCUGAGGAAACGGAAAAGGAAAUUGAUCUGGCUCGCGAAGGAUAUAGACCUUGCUCAAAACGAGCCUCUAUUCUCUUUUUUGUACUUAAUGAUAUGAGCCUUAUUGAUCCGAUGUAUCAAUUUUCUUUGGAUGCGUAUAUUGCUCUUUUUAUGAUAUCCAUUGAUAAAAGUCCUAAGAAUUCAAAAUUAGCUGACAGAAUUGAUACUCUAAAUGACUACCAUACAUACGCUCUAUAUAGGAACACGUGUCGAGGCCUCUUCGAGCAGCAUAAACUACUCUUCUCGUUUCACAUGUGUAUAAAAAUAAUGGAGGCUGAGGGGAAAGUGAUCCAAGGAGAAUAUAACUUUCUCCUGAAAGGUGGAAUCGUCCUGGACAGAGAGAACCAACCGGACAAGCCGGUCCCGUGGCUUCCGGAUGAGACCUGGGACAACAUAACGGAGCUUGACAAACUUCCAGGAUUUCAUGGUGUUGCAGUAUCAUUCGAGCAAUUUCCGCGAGACUGGCACUCUUGGUAUAUACACACCGAGCCGGAAACGAUUCACUUGAUAGCCGAAUGGGAAGAUAAUUGUAACGAAUUUCAAAAAAUGCUAUUCAUAAGAAGUUGUCGUAGCGACAGAAUAACAUUCUGUCUAACAACAUUUAUCGUACACAAUCUGGGUCAACGUUUUGUGGAACCACCUGUACUAGACGUAAAGGCUGUACUAGAAGAUUCUGUCGCCCAAAAUCCAUUGAUAUUUGUUCUGUCACCUGGAGUUGAUCCCACUAGUGCUUUGAUGCAAUUGGCUGACAGUCAAGAUAUGAUGGACAAGUUCAUGGCUUUAUCGUUGGGACAAGGUCAAGCACCAAUAGCCACAAGAAUGAUACAAGUUGGUGCCAAGGAAGGAUCCUGGGUAUUCCUAGCCAAUUGUCACCUAUCACUCAGUUGGAUGCCAAAAUUGGAUAAAAUUGUGGAAACACUGGGGAGCAGCAGAACACUACAUCCAAAGUUUAGGUUAUGGUUAAGCUCAAGCCCAACGCCAGAGUUCCCGAUAUCGAUUCUACAGGCUGGGAUAAAAAUGACGACCGAACCGCCAAAGGGGCUUAAGGCCAAUAUGAAACGCCUCUAUGGUUUAAUAAGCGAAACGCAAUUCGACAUGUGUCUGGCUAAAGCCAAGUAUAAAAAACUUCUCUACACUCUGGUCUUCUUUCACGCUGUCCUUUUAGAGCGUAAAAAGUUCCAGCAGCUAGGAUGGAACGUCAUAUAUAGCUUCAACGAUUCAGACUUUGAAGUGUCUGAGAAUCUUCUUCAGGUUUACCUGGACGAAUAUCCCGAGACUCCGUGGGACUCUCUUAAAUAUCUAAUAGCUGGCGUAUGUUACGGUGGCCAUGUAACUGAUGACUGGGACCGUCGCUUACUGAUGACCUACGUUCAGCAAUACUUCACCGACGACGUCCUCGUCGUAUUCAAUUACAGGCUAUCGUCUUUACCAACUUAUUACGUACCCCGCGAUGGCUCUCUUGAAUCCUACCGGGACUUCAUUACGAUGCUUCCAAAUACCGAUAGACCGGAAGCCUUUGGUCAGCAUCCCAAUGCUGACAUCACGUCUCUCAUAACCGAGACCAGGAGCAUGUUUCAGACACUCAUGAGUUUACAGAUUCAAGCAGUAUCCAGUGAUGAGGAAACAAACAAGGAGGAUAAGGUCAUGCAACUGGCUGGGGACAUUGCGUCAAAAAUACCAAAUAUAAUUGAUUAUGAGACCACAGAAAGAUUAAUUGGGCCCGUUAAGACUCCUUUGGAUGUUGUCCUCCUACAGGAAAUACAACGUUAUAACAGUCUCUUGGUAAAGACACGUUCCAGCCUGGAAGAUCUUCAACGCGGAAUCAAGGGUUUAGUUUUGAUGUCUGCCGAACUCGAGGAUAUAUUUACAUGCAUGUACGAGGGGCGAGUGCCAUCCCUAUGGCUUACAGCUUAUCCGUCCCUGAAACUUCUCGGCUCGUGGACUAGAGAUCUCAUAAGUCGAAUCGAGCACUUUGCGAAAUGGGCGGAAACCAUUCGACCGCCAUUGCUAUUCUGGUUGGCCGCUUACACUUUCCCCACGGGAUUUCUCACUGCUGUCCUUCAGACUUCCGCCAGACUCUGGAAUAUAUCGAUUGAUUCGUUGUCCUGGGAGUUUACUGUCUUCACAGUUGAGGAUUCCGCUAUAGUCGAACCACCCGCCGAUGGCGUAUAUAUUCGAUCGAUGUUUCUUGAAGGUGCCGGAUGGGAUAAGAAACAUAGUCUACUAAUAGAACCGGCACCGAUGCAGCUUGUGUGCAAUAUGCCAGUUAUAUAUUUUAGACCAAUGGAACAGCUGAAGAAAAGGACCAGAGGGUUGUAUAACUGUCCUUGUUACUACUAUCCGCAAAGGUGCGGAGCUCAGGGUCGUCCGGCGUAUGUUGUAGCUGUUGAUCUCAAAGCAGGCACUGAAGGUUCGGAUUUGUGGAUAAAACGUGGUACCGCACUUUUGUUGAGUUUAGCAGUAUGAAACUAUAGUUCGUUAUACAGUUUUUUUUUUAAUUAAGUAUUCUAUGUGACACGUGUAGUUCAUUAGUAUGGAUUUCAUUAAAAUGUUAUGCUAUCAAAACUUAUCAUUUUUAUUUGAAAGAAACAGAAAUUUUUCUUUUUUUUAAUUUAAUAAUGGAUUUGACAUGUGUGGGAGUAAGCA